AUGGCUUCCGUCGCAGUAGGCCUCGACCGCACUAGGCUGCUGAAGCCACUAAUCGCAUUGGCAGGGUGGACAUUUGUACAAGAGGCCUGGAUGUACGCGACCCGUAUUCCCGCUGUUUCCAAGUACAAUCUCAGUUCCGACGAGGACAAGAUUAGCGAGGAGAUGAAGACCAAAAUCCCCAUUGAGGUCCGCCGCAUCGCCGACAAUUACAACCACCUUCAUGAACAGCCAACAGUCUUCUACUCUGUUGCUAUCGCCCUGACACUUCUCGGCGACGACCAUGAGUACACCUAUCUUGCGGCCUGGGGCUAUACGGGAUUGAGGAUUGUACAUUCCCUCUUCCAGAGCUUGGUCAACAAGGUAUUCACUAGGUUCUACAUCUUCGCAAGCAGCUCGAUUGUGCUUGCGGGUUUGACCGGUCGUGCUGCCACGUUGCUCUUCUAG